AUGCAGCUUAUAAAGGAGUUCACAGAGGAAGAAGUCAAAGCAGACAUAUUUAGUAGUGACAGAAACAAAAGUCCUAGGAAAGAUGGAUAUGGAAGUGGAUUCUAUAAAGCAGCUUGGAGUAUUGUGGGAAAAGAUAUCACUAAAGCUGUUCUUGAGAGACUCAAGGAAGCAGCAAGUCAUAUAGUUGCAAAUAAUCAAUCUGCAUUUGUCCAAGAUCUCAGGAGGGCGUAUGACAUGGUAAGUUGGGAAUUUUUGGAGGAAGCUUUGAAGAGGUUUGGAUUUCUUGAGAAGUUCAUCAGGUUGGUCAUGACAUGUGUAUCCACUCCAAAGUUCACUAUCAAAAUUAAUGAAGAAAGACAGGGUUAUUUUGAUGGUCAGAAAGGGCUCAGACAAGGAGAUACUCUAUCUCCUUUAUUAUUUGUGUUGGAAUUAUUGCUAACAUGGAUAAAUCACAUGUUUGUUGCUGGUGUGCCUGAUCAAGUUAAAGCUCAACUGUUGGAUAAGACUAGAUUUGCUCAGGGGAUUUUUCCUAUUAGAUACUUAAGAUUACCCUUGUCAUCUAAGAAAUGGAGUAAGCUUGAAUGUCAGCAGUUGGUCACCGAGAUUACAAGCCGGAUAACAAUUACUUAUGCAAGACAAUUAUCGUAUGCUGGAAGGCUGCAGAGAGUUGAACUUAUUCAAUGGACUAAUUUUCAACUCCCCGCCGGAGAGCUGAAACAGGUGUUGGAAUAUAUCAAGAGGAAGCACGGGAAAGCAUUUCAAAAGGAGGUGAUAGCAGCUGUUUGGGGAGCCAUGACAUACCAGACCUGA